AUGUAUAGGGACUGUCUGAAAGUAUCAAGAAUGAUGUCAGCUGAUAAAAAUAUAGCUAAGCAUUUUAGAUUGGAAUUUGAAAAAUAAAGAUCAGUGACUGAUUAAGAGAAGCACUAGGAUUUUAGGAAAUUUUAUCACUAUUUUAGACAAUAUCUUGAAAAUCCUAAUAAGUUCAAACCAGUGAAUGUAUUUAAUGAAAAAGACUAGAGAGAUGAAGAAGAACAAUUAAAAUAGCAAGAGUAAUAAGAGUAGAAUGCUGCAUCCGCUGACUACAAGCCACCUUUUAUUUGA